UCGUGCUGCAGCUCCAACUCGCCUGCAGAGCGAGUCUCCGAGGGCUGAAAGCGAGGGAAGAGACGCAGCGAAAGCAGGAGGAGGCGGAGGAGGAGGGGGAUCCUUCACAUUAUAGAAGAAGCAGGAGUGGGUAAAAAAGGAAAUAAUAAAGCAAAACCUGACAGAAUAGAUCAGGUGUCGGCGCUGAGAGAAACUGGAGAGCGACUCUCUUGCGCUGGAAAAUGGAGCUACCCGCCGCUGGAGAGCACGUAUUUGCGGUGGAGAGCAUCGAGAAGAAGCGCAGCAGAAAGGGGAGGGUCGAGUAUUUGGUCAAGUGGAGAGGAUGGUCUCCAAGAUACAACACAUGGGAACCAGAGGAAAACAUCCUGGAUCCAAGGCUGCUUGAUGCUUUCCAAGACAGGGAACGUCAGGAGCAGCUGAUGGGAUACCGCAAGAGAGGACCCAAGCCAAAGCACCUUCUGGUUCAGGUGCCAUCGUUUGCCAGGAGGUCCAACAUCCUGGCGAACCUUCAGGAGGCUUCCUUGGAAGGCAACAGCUGUCAGAAGUCCGGCUCUAUCCAGAUGAUAUGCCCCCAGGCCCAGCAGUUCCAGCUGAACAGCAAGAAACUUCACCAGUACCAGCCCCUGAUCAGGGAGUGUGAUGCCGAGCAGCAGUCCAACGGCAAGAAAUUCUUCUACGAGCUCAACAGCAAGAAGCACCACCACUAUCAACCGGACCUGAAGCAACAUGAACCUGUUUUUGCUAAGCCAAGGGACGUCAAAGCUCCCGAGCUGUCGAACAAAGGAUACAACCUCCCAGCGGUGCUGCAGCAAAAGUGGGUCCGGGACAAAGACUCAGGCUGCCUGACUAAAGUAAAAGACAUCACUAUGGAGCUAAAGAAAAUUCCAGCCGACCUUAAAGGACAGAAGGAGCCGGAGAGAGCGAAACCGAAAGAGGAUGCCUCAACACACUCCAACAGUGUCAGCAGCAGUAAGCUAAAGAUUGUUAAGAACAAGAACAAAAACGGGCGGAUUGUCAUUGUCAUGAGCAAGUACAUGGAAAACGGCAUGCAGACUGCUAAAAUCAAAAGCAGUGAUUGUGAAGGCGCUGAAAGGUCACUGCAAGGAGCAGAGAGCAGCGUGGAGAGGCACCUGGCAAAGAUGAAGCUCGUCAAAAAGCUUGGCCUCAUAAACGGUUUCUCGAAGCAACCCAAAGACAACCCAACUGUUCCUAGUUCUGGGAUAAAAGCAGAUUGUUGCAAAGAGAAAGAACUGUCCGCUCAAACAGAGCAGACUGUAAUGGAACAGGACAAAGGUGCCGAGGGGCAGUUUCCACAGGAUAAGCCAUUACAGCUGACAAAUAAGCCUGACGAACUGCCCCUGCCCUCAGAGAGGGAGGUUCCAGACAAAAGAGAAAUCCAGAACGGCCAUCACGGACUAAAGCGACACCUUUCCGACACAGACGCUGAAGAACAAGGACUGGCUAAGAGGUUUCUAAGUUGCAGGAGCGUCAGCGUUCCCCACACAGAUUCCUCGCCUUCCCAGAGUCUCGUUGUUGACAGAAAUGAACAACAGAGUCCUGCUUUACUGCACGACUAUGGCUACGCAGACCAAGAGGAACCCAUGGACCUCAGCAUAGUCAAAUCGAGGCCCACGUCUUCAGUCUGUGUGGGGACUGAGCCGGAGACGCGAGCUGAGGAGCCAGCACAUCCACCAGAUGACAGUCGAACACAGACAGACACACAAACAGAGAGCCAGACUGAAACACACAGUCCGUCAGAGGAGGAGAGCGCUGACAUUGUGUCUGACUCCAACCACCAAGCAAAAAAAGACGAGGCGUUUCCUUCUUUCCAGCCAUGCCUUGGGAAUAUAGUCAUCACAGACAUUACUGCCAACUGCCUCACCGUUACCUUUAAGGAAUACGUAACGGCAUAACACAGAUGGACACCACCUGAGGGACUGACAUAUGAUAUAUUUGUAUUUUCUGAUUCCUGAAUGUACAAAUGAAGCGUUGAUGUUGUUUUCAUUUUGUAAAACUCAGAUCUAAACACAAGGGUAAAAAGACAAAGACUCUCAGUUCUCUUCUUGCAUAUUUUCGAAGUAUAAACCCAACCUGUUGGUAUUUCAAAUUUCCAACCUAAUCCAAGCUGCAAAAUUUUAUGAAAUAAUUGAUGAAACUCUUGCCUGACAUGCACUUACUUUUGUAGACAGUCUUCGUUUUUCUAUGGAUGUGAAAUGAUUUGUACUCUCUACCUGUCUACUUUCAGAUUACAGAUAAAUGUAGGCUUUAAAGGGAGUUUUUGUAAGGAAGAAAAUUAUAUUAAAUCAAGGUACAUUACACUGUGUCAGAGUGCGUGCGUGCGUGCGUGAGUGUGAGGUGGACUGUUUUUAAAAAGGAUGCGUGCUGCUUGGAUGUCGAUGAUGCCAUUAGGCAUGCUUAGACAGGCAGAUACAGAAAAAUGAAGCACCUUCACUGUCAAUUUGUGUCAUAGAAACAGAAGACCAUCUGUGGUCACCGUUUGAUCUGUUUGAAAGACUUCUCUUUAUUCACAACCCCUGGGAACUUAAACUGAGCACAAGUCACUCCCAUUAAGCUUGCGGUGUCUGUUUAACCCACUGACAGCAUCUUGUUUUAGUGGAACAUCAGGCAUAACCAACUUUGGAGAAAACAGCAGCCAUUUUAAGUGUGUCACAAGCCCAUUUCAGACAACAUUUUGUCCUUCUGGCUGCAUGGGAUCUGAGGUGCUUUGAGAGAACGUGAGCACUUAUAUGUGCAGACUAAGAACAGGAGGUUUCCUAUGAUACUAAUUGCAAUAAAAAUGUUUUGCAAGAGAAUCUGUAAGUGGUCAUUUUUCCGUAACGCUUGGCUUUGUGACUGAAUGCUUGAACUAAUGUGACCUCAAACCAUGAUGUGGUUUAGAGGCCAAAUUUAUACCUGGCUGAUUGGCGUAUGAGUGUUUCUUUGAAAAGAGUAUCAUCAAUCCGAUCAGGUUUUGCAGGACCGGUCUGUACUACGGUGCACAGGUCUAACUUAGUAGAUUUGACUAUAACUGAAAAGUUAAUUAUUUGAAUAAAUCAUUCCAAAUGUGAAGCUAGCAUAUCCUUUCAUCCCACACAUACCAACACGUUUCAGGUUUUUUUUUUUUUUCUGUUGAUUUUAAAUCGAGGCUCAAAGAUAAAGAAAACUCAAAACUGAAUUUUUCAAUCGAAGUAUUGCAAAAAAGUAAAUAGUUUUUUGGGGGGGGGGUUUUAACAGAUGUCAGCUUGCUGUAAAGUAUUUCCAUAUACUGCAGAGUUGAUGCUUUCGCUGGUCUGGGCUGUCUGUGCUUGAAUUACUGGAUCAGUUCGACAUGGCAGUAAUCAUGCUGAGGCGUUGUGGAGCACCAGGUCGCAGCCUUCAGUUUGUCUGCAUUGCUGCACCUGGUGUCUCUCGCCGUUUCCUCUGUAGUGCGACAUAAAUUCUCCACAUGGGUCAACAGCUGUGGAUGUGUGGAAACCACUUCUCUGGCAUUCAGCAUCUCUACAAAGCCUGUCGAAUCGGUCUAAGAAAGUUGGCCAACACCAACAGACGACAUGGCUCCUCAAAUCAUCGCUGACUGUGGAAACGUAUCACUGGACCUCAAGCCAGUCGAUGUCCAAUCUCCCUCCAGACUCUUGGAACAACCAGUUCCUUGCCCUCCUUGUGGAAAAUGUCAACAAGGAGACAGCAGUUAAGUCGGCAAUCUAUGAUUGUGCAGACUGUAAAACUGUCAUCACAUUUCCCUAAUUGUAUUGUUUGUUUUGUUUUUUAAUGAUUGGUCUAAAUUUAUGUAUUUAUUUUUCUUCUUUUUAUGAGAAACUGGAUUCAAUUUUCAAGAGCAGUAGGUCAUUAAAAUUCAAACACAAUAAAUA